CUAUAUAUAUAUAUAUAUAUAUUUAGCGUAAAUGUAUUGAAUUUGCAUUGAAAGCUAGACCAGUGAAACGUUAUAUCCCAAAAGAAAAUUUUCAAUAUAGAAUAUGGUGGUUUAUUACAUCACAACCAUUUGAAUAUUGCAUUUUUAUAUUUAUAUUAAUUAAUACCAUAUCAUUAGCAAUGAAAGUUGAAGGACAACCAAAUGCUUAUGCAGAUGCAUUAGACUAUUUAAAUAUGAUAUUUACUGGUGUAUUUACUGUGGAGUUCGUGCUGAAGUUAACAGCUUUUGGUUUCAAGAAUUAUUUUAGUGAUCCAUGGAAUGUAUUCGAUUUCAUCAUUGUUGUUGGUAGUUUCGUUGAUAUUAAUAUGUCACAUCUUGCUGCGAAUUCAAAAUUCAUCAGUAUAAACUUUUUUCGUUUAUUCCGUGUAAUGCGAUUGGUUAAAUUAUUAAAUCGUGGUGAAGGUAUACGAACACUUCUAUGGACAUUUGUUAAAUCAUUUCAGGCAUUACCUUAUGUUGCUCUACUGAUCAUCAUGUUAUUUUUUAUAUACGCUGUAAUUGGAAUGCAAAUGUUUGGUAAAAUUGCAUUAAUCAAUCCAGAUAGUUCAAUAAAUCGUAAUAAUAAUUUUCAAACAUUUCCUCAAUCAUUGUUAGUGUUAUUUCGUUCUGCAACUGGUGAAGCUUGGCAAGAAAUAAUGUUAAGUUGUGUUAAUGAUCACACUGUCAAAUGUGAUCGAUAUUCAGAUACUGAAAUGAAAGCUAUACGAAGUUUUUUAGAUGAACAACAACAUAUUAUUUUAAUGAAUACUACAUCAACACAAUAUAUUUUGAUAAAACAAAAUGGUAAUAAUUCAACAAAAGUUUCGACACCUUUUGUAACAUCUAUAGAUGAUUCAACAGAAUAUAAUCAACCAUCAGUGUCAUUUUAUCAUCAUGAACGAGAUAAUCAUUCUAUUUGGGAUGCAUUGAAUAAUGGAUUAAUGGAUAAUAAUCAGAAUUCCUUAUUUACUUAUUCACAUCCUUCCACAAUACUUGGAUUAGAUAAUCCUACAAUAGAAAAGGACCGGUCUUCUUCUUCUUCUUCAUCGUUUUCAUCAGUUGAAAAUAUACAUCCUCCAGAUGAUAUUGUUUAUUCAUCAGAAUUGAUAAGUAGAUAUAGACAAAGUAGAGAAAUAAAUGAUAAAAAUGAAACAUUUCCUAUCAUUUCAACACAAUUAUCAUUAUCUUCAUCAUUAAAACCAAUUCAUAAUCAACUUAUUCAUUCAUCUAUUGAAGAGUUUGAUGAAAGAACAAUUAGUUGGAAGAAAUUAGAUGAAUUAGGAUAUAAUGGACCACGUGCAACAUGUGGAUCAAAUUUUGCCUAUCCAUAUUUUAUUUCUUUCUAUAUGGUUUGUUCAUUUCUUAUUAUCAAUUUAUUUGUUGCUGUUAUAAUGGAUAAUUUUGAUUAUUUAACACGAGAUUGGUCAAUAUUAGGUCCACAUCAUUUAGAUGAAUUUAUACGUUUAUGGUCAGAAUAUGAUCCUGAGGCAAAAGGAAGAAUUAAACAUCUUGAUGUAGUUACACUCCUUCGUAAAAUAUCACCUCCAUUAGGUUUUGGUAAAUUAUGUCCUCAUCGAACUGCAUGUGUAACUUUAGUACGUAUGAAUAUGCCAUUGAAUAGUGAUGGAACUGUCAUGUUCAAUGCAACACUUUUUGCUUUAGUUCGAACUAAUUUAAAAAUAAAAACUGAAGGUGCAGCCAUUGAUCAAUUAAAUGAAGAACUUCGUGCUGUAAUUAAAAAAAUAUGGAAAAGAACAAGUAAUAAAUUAUUAGAUCAACUUGUACCUCCUGCAGGUGGAAAUAAUGAUGUAACAGUUGGUAAAUUUUAUGCAACUUUUUUAAUACAAGAAUGGUUUCGUAGAUGGAAACAAAAAAAAGCUGAAGAACAAAAAGCUUUAUUACAUGGACAAGGGAAAAGACAUUCAAUCAUGCCAUUCAAAAGUUUUGGAAAACCUACAACUAGUUCUCUUGAAACACAAAAUACUUCAAUGAAUAUUUUAUUACCACCAUCUGAAGAAACAAGUAAACGUGGAAGUUCUGGUAGCCUUGGUGAUGGGGAUACGCAUCAUAGUUUGUUAGACUCAGUAAAAAGUGUUAUACAUCGAGUAGGUAGUUCAAGACGUCAUUCAGAAGUUUCACAAUGUAAUGAACGUGAAAAAUUAUCACAACCAUACAAACCUUCAUUAGAGUCAACGGAUAAAAAGUUACCAUUAAUUUCUAAUGAUCAUUUACAAUCAAAUCAAACAUCAAAAUUGAAUACAUCCAAAGUAUUGAUUCCUGAUUAUUCAAGUUCUACAUCACAAAGAAUAAUGCUACCAACAAUUAGUCAAGGUAGUCAUGAAGAUGAAGAUGUUGAUAAUGGUGGAAUUGGAGGUUUCAAUAAAAUAAUGGAAGGAAAUGCUAUACAUAUAGAGAAGUAUAAUACAUCUAAUGACAAAUAUUAUUCUGUUCAUCCAAAUAAAAGAAUUGAUAAUGGAUUUAUAAUUGAUGAUACUGUACCACAGCAACAAUAUUCAAUAAAACCAGCUGAUUGGAAUAAUACUAUUUAUACGGAUAGAAAUAAUGUUAAAAAUCGCCCUAUAUCAACCUUACCAUAUGGAUCAAAUUCUGCAUUAUAUAAAUCAACAGACUUUUCAACUAUUCCUUAUAUACAAGAAUCAGUUCAUCAUAUUUCACCAUUAUAUAAAUCAAAUCAUUAUAAUCCAUCAAAAUCUAUCAAUGUUAUAAAUGAAUUACAAAAUAACUUGGAAGAAUUAUUAGAUUUACCUAAGACUAUUUGGACCGCUUGUUUACCAGAUGUUCAGCCAAUCAAUGGAAAUUCUCAUUCUAAUCGAAGUGUUAAAUAUUACAAACGUCAACUACCUCAAAUACCUUCAGAAGUUAAUAAAAUAGAUGUUAGAGAUACAUCUAAUCCUUGUCAAAUAUCCACGUCUAUAGGAAUAAAAAAAGGAAGAGAUAAUCUGUUAACAGACGUCUUGAAGAUGAACAAUACAAAAUCCGGUUUUAUGAGUAUACCACAAAAGAAGGAAAAAUCUCAAAUCAAUGAAGAUAUUUCUGUUAUUGUAUAUCAACCACCAUCUAUUGAUCCACAUGGUCCUGCACCUAAUCCACCUGUAUAUUGUUCAUCAAUUCCUCAAUCUAAUCUAUGGUCUUCAAGGCAUAAUAAUAAUCAUAAUAAUAUAGAAUCUACUGAAAUCAAUAAAGAAUUAUCUCAAAUGUAUUUAAAACAAUCAACAACUCCAAGACAAAAUUGGUUAAAUCAGCUAGUUAUUAAUGAUUUAAAUGAAUCAAUGAUGAAAUAUAAAUCGAUUGAUGAAGAUUGGUCACAUCUUGAUCUUCCAUUAAAACAUUUAGCACCUUCAUCAUCAUCACCAUCAUCGUCACCAUCAUCAUCAUCAUCAUCACCACCACCUCCACCAGCACCUAAACCUAUUUUAUUAAAUAUCAAUGAAGAUUUAUCAAAAUUCAAUUAUUGA